UAAAGCAGUCAUUGUUGUUGAAAGUAUUCUCAAUCAUAGCAACGUUUUCCACCAUUGAUAACAUAGUUUCAACUACUACUUAAACACCGAAAUGUGUCGCGGAGUUAUGGCUGUUGCAUCCACCACUAUUGGAGUGGUGGAGGUGCUGAAGGAUCAAGGCUAUUGCAGGUGGAACACCACCAUGAAAUCAUUAGCUCAAGGUGCCAAGAACCACGUGAAAUCAGCACAACAGAAGGCUAAUAGCAACAAGAAGAAGAUGCCUCAGCAAUCUGCUUCUGCUUCCUCAGUGAUUGCCAAUAAGCUGAGAGAUGAAAUUGAUGACAUUGAGCACUUCAAGAAGGCUGAGGAGUCUCUUAGAACUGUCAUGUACUUGAGCACUUGGGGUCCUAAUACUUAGUCUUAUUAAUAUUUACAACAUGUUACAACUCUCUCCCUUAUUAAAUAAUUGUUUAUCUGAAGAGGUUUUAGAUACAUAAUUUUAAUAAUGGAGAGAAUAUAUAGCUGAGUGCUUAUAAGUUAUAACAGCACUCAGCAUCACUGCUUAAGGAAUAAAAUUCUGCAUGGUUUAUGAUAUGUACUUUUUGUUUAUGGUGUUUUGUUGGUUGAGUCAUGUUUUUACUUUUAGCAUGGAUGUGAGUUGCUUUGAAUAAGUAUAAAUUUGCUAUCUCAGUUCGGAGGAGUUUUUCUUA